CGGAAGCAGAAGCAUUAGAUACUGAUUCUGAAGCGGAAGCAGAAGCAUUAAAUACUGAUUCUGAACCGGAUGCAGAAGCACUAGAUGCUGAUUCUGAACCGGAUGCAGAAGCACUAGAUGCUGAUUCUGAACCGGAUGCAGAAGCACCAAAUACUGAUUCUGAAGCGGAAGCAGAAGCAUUAGAUGCUGAUUCUGAAGCUGAAGGAGAAGCACUAGAUGCUGAUUCUGAAGCUGAAACAGAAGCACCAAAUACUGAUUCUGAACCGGAUGCAGAAGCACUAGAUGCUGAUUCUGAAGCGGAUGCAGAAGCACUAGAUGCUGAUUCUGAACCGGAUGCAGAAGCACUAGAUGCUGAUUCUGAAGCUAAAACUGAAGCACUGGAUGCUGAUUCUGGAGCUGAUGCUGAAGCACUGGAUGCUGAUUCUGAACCGGAUGCAGAAGCACUAGAUGCUGAUUCUGAAGCUAAAACUGAAGCACUGGAUGCUGAUUCUGGAGCUGAUGCUGAAGCACUGGAUGCUGAUUCUGGAGCUGAACCUGAAGCACUAGAUGCUGAUUCUAAAAAUGAAACAGAAGCAUUAGAUGCUGAUUCUGAACCGGAUGCAAAAACCCCAGAUGCUGAUUCUGAAGUGGAAGCAGGUGCUGAUUCUGAAGCGGAAGCAGAAACCCCAGAUGCUGAUUUUGAAGCUGAAACUGAAGCACUGGAUGCUGAUUCUGGAGCUGAAGAUGAAGCAUUAGAUGCUGAUUCUGGAGCUGAAGCUGAAGCAUUAGAUGCUGAUUCUGGAGCUGAAGCUGAAGCAUUAGAUGCUGAUUCUGAUUCUGAAGCUGAAGCACUAGAUGAUGAUUCUGAAGCUGAAGCAGUAUCACCAGAUGCCGGUUCUGGAGCUGAAGCUGAAGCAUUAGAUGCUGAUUGUGAAGCGGAAGCAGAAGCACCAGUUGCUGAUUCUGAAACUGAAGCUGAAGCACUAGAUGAUGAUUCUGAAGCUGAAGCAGUAUCACCAGAUGCCGGUUCUGGAGCUGAAACUGAAGCAUUAGAUGCUGAUUGUGAAGCGGAAGCAGAAGCACCAGUUGCUGAUUCUGAAGCUGAAGCAAAACCAUUAGAUGCUGAUUCUGAAGCGGAAACAAAGUCACCAGAUGCUGCUUCUGAAGCUGAUGCUGAAGCAUUAGAUACUGAUUCUGAAGCGGAAGCUGAAACCCCAGAUGCUGAUUCUGAAGAGGAAGCAGAUUCUGAUUCUGAAGACGAAGCAGAUGCUGAUUCUGAAGACGAAGCAGAUGCUGAUUCAGAUGCUGAUUCAGAUGCGGAAGCAGAUGCUGAUUCAGAUGCGGAAGCAGAUGCUGAUUCAGAUGCGGAAGCAGAUGCUGAUUCAGAUGCGGAAGCAGAUGCUGAUUCAGAUGCGGAAGCAGAUGCUGAUUCAGAUGCGGAAGCAGAUGCUGAUUCAGAUGCGGAAGCAGAUGCUGAUUCAGAUGCGGAAGCAGAUGCUAAUUCAGAUGCGGAAGCAGAUGCUGAUUCAGAUGCGGAAGCAGAUGCUAAUUCAGAUGCUGAUUCAGAUGCGGAAGCAGAUGCUAAUUCAGAUGCUGAUUCAGAUGCUGAUUCAGAUGCUGAUUCAGAUGCUGAUUCAGAUGCUGAUUCAGAUGCUGAUUCAGAUGCUGAUUCAGAUGCUGAUUCAGAUGCUGAUUCAGAUGCUGAUUCAGAUGCUGAUUCAGAUGCGGAAGCAGAUGCUGAUUUAGAUGCUGAUUCAGAUGCGGAAGCAGAUGCUAAUUCAGAUGCUGAUUCAGAUGCGGAAGCAGAUGCUAAUUCAGAUGCUGAUUCAGAUGCGGAAGCAGAUGCUAAUUCAGAUGCUGAUUCAGAUGCGGAAGCAGAUGCUAAUUCAGAUGCUGAUUCAGAUGCGGAAGCAGAUGCUAAUUCAGAUGCUGAUUCAGAUGCGGAAGCAGAUGCUGAUUCUGAAACGGAUGCAGUAGCACCAGAUGCUGAUUCUGAACCGGAAGCAAUGUUCGAGCUAGCACUGGCGCUGACACUCUCCAGUGAAUGUGUUGAAGCAUCAACAACUGGUGUCGCUGCAAUUGCUGUUGUCCAUGUGUUGAGCUCGACAUCACAGUUUUGUAAAGUACUUGGAACACCAUCGAUAGAUGUAGGCCAAGAACUAAAAAUUGACUCGGACACAGAACCUGAAGCUGAGUUUGAAACAUCAGCUGCUGAUUUAGAACCUGAAGCGGAAACAUCGGAAGCUGAACCAGAACCAAAACCAGAGCCAUCAGAAGCUGAGGCUGAAUCGGAAGCAGCAGCGGAAACAGAAGUAACAGAUAAUAAUUCAGAAGCUGAAACAGAAGCUGAAGUUGAAGCGGAGACACGAGACUCAGAAGUUGAAGCUGAAGCGGAGACUCCAGAUUUAGAACUUGAAGCUAAAGUAUCAGAAUAUUCAGAUCUAAAUGUGGAGGCUGCAGAAGAUGAUGAUGCUUCAUCUGAGGUGGCAGAAGAACUGGCAACGUUUUCAGAGAAUCUUGCAACAGUGCUUGAAGGCGAGCUUGACAACGAGCUAGAUAUUGAAGGUACUUGA